CUAGGAUAAGAUCCAAUUGGCAACGCAGAAGAGACUUUGCCAUCUUGUAAUUAGUUUUGGUAUUCAAUCUUCGACCCAGUUCGCCCGCGUAAGCGCGAAAAAUGUUGUGGUUCUUAAAGUGCUCCGAAUCGAGUUCACGUCUCGUUGUCGCUCGCUGUCAUUAAUAUCUGCAUCUAACUGAUCGAUUUAGUCGCCUUAUCGCGUAAGGAGGUCAUUUUCUACGGCGGGUUUUGCACGCAAAAGUCCGCGGUGCAUUCUGGGCCAGCAAUGGUGGGCGCGUGAUUUUGAACAAUUCGAGCUAUCGAAGGAACGCGCAGGUACGUGUCUUGGACGUGAAAUAUCCAACGUGAAUCUUGUUCGUCCUGCCUCCCGGAGCCGGGCCUCCGAGCUUGGAGAGAAACGGAGUCUCCCCGGUUGCUGGUUUUGAUUUUGGUGAUACGACAUCUACUUCGUUGUCGAUUCGAACAUUUUGAGGUUAUGUUCCAUGUUAUUCGAGCUGCGCGCCGCUACGCUUGACGGUUUCCUCGAUGACCCGUCCGUUGCCGAGUUUCUAAUCAUGAAUCUUCCGCUGUAAGUUCGCGCAACUAAUCGUUUAAAAUCGAAUCGUCUACGGUACGCUCAAAAAUCCGCUUCACAAAAAUGGCGCGUUCCGCCAAUAAAUGGCGCUGAUGUUCUACGGACGAUUCGCGCUUUGAACUCGUUUUUUUGGCGUAUUCGAAUCUGUCGUACAGCAUUCGAAUUCUCGCUUGCUUCGAACUUCACUUGAGUGUUGUGGAGGCACAGUCGACAGCUGUUUCGCGAUUUUUGAAAGUGCAAGUGCGAAAAAUCAAGUUCCACCGUUUCAAAAAGGACGAUUGCGGGCUGCAUCAGCGAUGAAACGGUAGAAUCGCAGCGAUUAAAAUGUGAUAUUAUCAUGUCCACGAAUAAGGGGCAAAAUGCAAGGGCUUUGGUGGAGCCUGUAGCCUUGGAUUCACGUACACUGGGAGAUAGUGACCUUAGUGCACUGAGCUUAUCGAACAACAGUGAGCAAUACACUUCAAAUGACUUUGAUGCCUUUGCAAAUAUUCAAGCAGAACUUGAUUGUAUGAAUGCCGAGGAAGUUAUGUCAACAGAUGAAGACCGGAUAGUGCUCGAGGGUAACAUUGAGACUGACAACAUAGUACCUGAAGUAGAGAUGACUGAUAUUUCUGAGCAAGUGCAAGAGGAACAUGUUUAUACCAUGGCCAAUCAAAACAGCCAGAAUAUCGUAUUUCAAACCAAGCCUACAUUGCAGAGAGUGCCUGUAUCUGCAGUUCAAGUUAAGCCGAAUGUCUGUCAAACUACACAAAGUCAAUCAAUUAUGAUAGUGUCACCUGCAAGUGGACAAGGCACCAGUCAGAUUCUUAAGAUAUCACAUCCACCGACAGCAUCUGCUGAACAGCUACAGUCACUAGCCCAAACUCUCAUAGCAGGAAAGCCCGCGGAUGGGAACGUCGUUCAGUUGAGGUCGACACAGCCCACUAAGUCUAUCACGACAACCAGCUCCUCGGGAAAUAUCACAAUUAGUAAUAUGCAGAAUGUAAAGAUCGCUCAGCCGACAUUAAAACGAACAACACAGAAUAUUCAGCAAGGUCGCAACGUGUACACAAAGAUGAUACUGACAGGAGGUCAAACGCAGUCUGCUCAGCAGGUUCUUAUUACGAGUUCACAAAGUGAAAGUCAACAGAGCCAAGGAAUUAAAUUCCUCAAUAAUAGUUCUUCUAAUUAUACAAGCCCAACAAAAACUAUAACACUAGCUCAAGCACAUCAAAUUGGUAUAAUUUCUAAUAAAGUGCAACAUAUUUUGCCGUCAUCAUCACAGAAGCAGGGUAUGAUUUUGAACAAGUUGCUACAAUCUUCGACAUCACAACCAUCGAAAGUAACCAUAGUACCUACCAGCAGUACUACAAAGUCACCAACAAAAAUUCUCCCGGCACCAGCUGCGAGCAUUCAGGCGAAAUCUUCAACGACGACGAAUCAGCCGUCGACAAUUAUUUCAUCCAAAUCAUCCACCCAGCAAAAUCCACAGAAAGUGAUUAUUAGACAAAGUUCUUUGAAACCCGGCACUGUACUUGGAAGUGGACAAGUCAUUAGAAUACCUGCUAGUCAGAACAUUGUGACUGGAUCAAAUCAAGUUCAUCAAAUUCAAAUGCCUGGCAGACAAGUGCAAUAUGUAAGAUUAGUCAGUACACCUUCAUCAGGAUCCACCAAUGUGGUUACUGUAAGCAAGUCAAAGUCUGCCACGACACUUCAAACAGUAGGUAUUAGUCAGAAAAUAGGCAAUCAGCAACAGAUCGUGAAGGUUGUGCCACUAAAUACUGGCAAUCAAUCUCUGAGGACCGUUGCACCGAAGGCAACACUUACAAGUGGAAGUCAAAGACUUCUCAUACCUGCAGCAACCGCUACUGGGACAACUGUCGGUAAUCAGCCAAAAAACACUGUAGCAAUUCCUGCAUCAGCGCUAAGCCAAUUAGCGUCAGGUCAAGCGGUCAUAUCAGCCAAUUCGAAUGUUGGGAAUAUCGUUGUUCUUCCCGCUCAAUACAUUCAACAACAGUCAACGGAUGAUACGAAAUUGAAACCACAACAAACAACAUCAAAUCUAAUUGGAAAUACACAAAGUUCUACGGCAACUCUAUGCGUAAUAGAAGGGAAGAAUACUCAAAGAAAUCACGGCAAUGUUGAACCGAACGGCAUCAGGCCAAGAAAACCAUGCAAUUGCACCAAAUCACAGUGUCUUAAACUAUAUUGCGAUUGUUUCGCAAACGGCGAGUUCUGUCAUAUGUGUAAUUGCAACAACUGUUCGAAUAAUCUUGGAAACGAAGAGGAAAGGCAACGCGCUAUUAAAUCCUGUCUAGAACGUAACCCUAAUGCUUUCCGUCCGAAAAUCGGUAAAGGUCGUGAAACUGGUGACGAUAUAAGGAGACACAACAAGGGUUGCAAUUGCAAACGUAGUGGUUGUCUAAAAAAUUAUUGCGAAUGUUACGAGGCUAAGAUCCCAUGUUCUGCAAACUGCAAGUGUAUAGGUUGUCGUAAUAUUGAAGAUACAAUAUUGGAAAAAAAGGGGUUGAAAGAUCUAACAGAUACAACCGAAGUCAGGACGACUCAACUUAGUUUAAAUAAAGCGCAGCUACAAUUGUCGGAGAUGGCAUUUAGACCACCGGCAGCAUCUAACUCUGGCACCAGGCAGCCAUUUAAUUUCUUGACGGACAAAGUGGUGGAAAUAACGUGUCAAUGUUUAAUGGCACAAGCAGACGAGGCAGAACGUAAUAUGUUUGACGACGAGACAUCCCAGCGACUCAUUAUUGAAGAAUUUGGUCGAUGCUUGAAGGAAAUUAACGAGUCAGCGCAUAAAGCUGAAGCUACCUAGCAGGUGCACUUGUGGGCUUUUUAUUUUAAUUUUCGUUUUUCACUACUCAUUAACAUGUCUUUAUGGAAAUUGGGUAGAAAUAAAAAAAAUAGCAUAAUGAGUUGCGUACCAAAGACAAGAUCGCGGGAUGCAAGAAAAUCCCAGAUAUCCUUUUAACUCGCUAAAUUAUCCUUUAAGCGUUUUUUAAGCUCCUAUGUACUAACAACGGUUUGUAGUUGUGAUUGGUUGUGGUAUCUAAAUAACCAUAUUACAGCUCAUGCUGAGUUUCCUUCUUAGGUAUAUUCGAGGGUCUUUGUCUAAGAAAGAACAAAAUGAUUUAGUACUAAGGAGAUUAAAGAGGAAUUGAAUAAUUCUGCGUGGACUUGUGUUUCCUAGUGACAAAUAAUUUUAGAGAACAUAGUCUAGGCGGGCAAAUUUGUUUAUUCUUCACAAUUUCUAAUAUAGGACAGAAAUAAUAUUACUUUGAUGUAAAAAGAGUGAGAGAACGACCAUUUUCUUAUUGCUGACGAAAAAUUAAUUUUUUUGAUCUUGAUAAUAUUCAAAUAAUUACAACUAAUUAUCUUCUUAGAUAUAUGUUAUUAAAACAUAAUAAAUCAUAACAAAAAGAAAUUAUAAAACGUCAAAAGCGUCUUCGCCUAAUAGUUGAACUACGUAAUCAUCACUUCAUAUCUUGCGCGAUAUUAGAAACGUUACAUGUCUGAAGAAGCGAAUUCAUAUGUUACAUUUCUGUGAAUUUACUUCACAGAUUUCGAUUGCAAACUCGUUUUCAUAUAUAAUUUAUAGAAAUUUACUAUAUUUACAAAAUAAUAUAUAUUAGAUAGUAAAAACCAAAUAAUUAUAUAUAUAAUAAUUAUUUCUAUAUAUAUAUAUGUAUAUAUGUGUAUGUAUGUAUGUAUAUAUAUAUAUAUAUAUAUAUAUAUAUAUACAAUCUAGAAAAUGAUGUUGCGUAGGACAUUCUGUGCUUAUAUGUAAAAUAUUUGCGCAUUUGGAUCUGAUGCAUUCGUAGAAAAAUAUUAGUCAACAUUUUUUUCACAAAUUAUUUCGUUAUAAAUUGUUUUAAUAACAUUAAACGUCAAAUAAACUUUAUAAAGUAUAACGUGUAAUUACACGAGGAUAUAAUAAUAUAAUUUUGUUAUCAAUUGAUAACAAAAAUGAAAACUGAAUUACACUAUGUCUUUAGUUUUCGAUGGCAUGCAACUUAAAUAAUUGAUCGCAAACAAAAUUCUUAAUAAGAACUCUAAUCAAGAAAAAAAUUCCAAUUUGCCUGGGAUAUAUUAUACAUAUGUAUUUUUUUUUACUUAAAAUAUAAUUACGAGAUCAAAGAUGCAGCUACAAUUUAUACGAAGAUGUAUGUAUUUACAUUAUACGAUUUUAGUGUACAUUCAGGUUUGUAAUGUUCUUUCUAGCGAUUUUGCCGUUUUGCAGCAAAUACUUUUACUUGAAUUUUGCUUUAAGAAUAAUUCAGUUAUCUGAUUAUCACCUGAUAUAAUCAUCCCCUCAAUUUAUUCUUUUCUCUCUUGUAUUCAACUUUCAACUUUGCAAGAAAGAUAUUAGUGCAUUGCGAUUUGUACACUCGACUUUAAGAAGUCGUUGCAAUUAGUAUCUAUGAAUCUAAUAGAUAACACACAUGGUGUUAACCCUGGAAAUAUCAAAUUAAACAAAAGUAAAUAAUAUAUGGUAGUUUUUAACUAUUGUUGCUCAUAUAAUUAAAUUUUAUUUCACAUGUUUUGCACAUAUAUUCAUUGAAUAUAUAUUUGUAAAUGUAAGUAAGAAUAGCAGAAAUAAAUUGUAAAAUGAUAAUUAACACAAGUAACUUUCAUGCUGUAUAAAAUACAGAUAUAAAGUGCUCUGCUUGAUAACGUAUACAAUAAAGAUAAACAUUUUGGUAUUUCGAGGGUUAGAGUAAGUAAUAUUAAAUAUCGAUAGAUUUUUAAUAAUAGAUAUUACUUGAAAAACUUUAAAUGUAUAAUCACAUUUCGAGAAAUAAACAAAUGAAAAUAAAUUAUUAA